CGACGAGCUAUAUCAUCGUCUCCAACCACAGAACAAUACUUGAGGUAUCAUAUCAUAGGAUGCGCACGCAUAACUAACGAGACCUCUCGAAUUGGAGGAAGAUUUGUUUCGUUAUUGGGAGCACCAAUCUGGAUCAAGAAUAACGGUUCUGGGACCUUCUUUGUGGACGCACAGAAUAACACAGCAAGAAUAAUCCAGAUUUACGAGUCUGUCAAUGGUCAUGUUUUCAAACUGGAUCAACUAUUGACYCCACCUUCCGAUGUUAUCAACACAGGAAACCCAUCAUCCUCAUACACGAAUGUCGCUAAAAGUCUUGGCUACACUAAAGGACUUGACCUAUUAAAGCUAGCAAGUCUUGAAAACAUCCUAUCCAAUCCCUUUCGCCGUCCAUAUUUGGUGUUCAUGUCRACCAAUCAGGCUAUUGAUAGGCUACCAGAAAGGUUGAAAACGAGGCUUUCCACGCCCGCACACGUGGAUGAGUUAAGGACAUACAUCAAAUAUCACAUGGUACCCAAUGCGCCGGCCAACCUGACCACAGAUUUCUUUGUUCGUGGGGGUGGAGGUGUCGAACUAACGACCAUGCAAGGCCAAACCAUCUUUGUGUCCUGCAAAGGAGGAAAGGGUGACUUAUAUGUCAACGGCGUUAGUAGGAUUUCCAAGAGAGAUAUUCAGUUUAAGGGCGGAGUUGGUUUCGCUGUUGAUGAUGCCUUACUUCCUCUUGGACUCGGAGGAAAUUGUGAUCAACCAAUUAAAGAAAUUAUUAACGGUUCUUGUGGUAACUGCUUACUUCCUGUGAGCUGCCCACCGGAAACCACGCUUGUAGGUUCAAUCAAUCAUGGCUGUACUUUCAAUGGAGGCAUCCUUGGUUGUCAACCUCGUUGUAUGCGACACAAAAUCGAGCGCAAAUGUUGUUCUAAUUUCUAUGGCUCAGACUGUAGAGCAUGUCCUGGUGGUGAAGGGACCCCAUGUCUUGGGCGUGGUCAGUGUGAUGAUGGGUUAACAGGCACGGGUGUUUGUAAUUGUACUAAGCCCUUUUAUGGAACAGCAUGUGAACGAUGUCCUAAUAACACGGGCUGUCCAGCUCCAGGCUCCUGCAAUGAGAACCCUGACACAUGUCACGUGUUUGCCACGUGCUCUGAUGAAUCUGGUCACGUGAACUGUACUUGCAAACCUGGUUACGAGGGCGAUGGAUUUUAUUGUCAAAUGAGAGACUUGUGUGCUGUAAACAAUGGAGAUUGCGGUGUCAACGCUACCUGUCAUUUCCAGGGUCCAGACCAAAGACUCUGUCAAUGCAAGCAAGGAUUUUAUAAAGUGAACGACCGUUGUCAGGCGUUUGGACCAUCGUCUCCAUGUUCGGUGAACCACGGAGGCUGUUCUAAUCAUGCUUCUUGUACUGAAUCGAAUGGGGCUGCUGUUUGCAAGUGUUGGGCGGGUUACACUGGCGACGGGAUCCAAUGUCAUGGUAAUCUUAUCCAGUCUUUAGAAAGCACAGUUAAAGUAUCGUCAUUUUACAAGGUGCUACAUCAUCUCUCGGUGUCACGAGAAGGGAAGGUUUUGUUUACAGAUCUUCAGACAGACUCUAAGAGAUUCACUGUGUUUGCACCUGUAGACAGCGCUGUUAAAAUCAAGGGAUUUAAUCUUACUAUGGUCAAGAACCACAUUGUACCAUCCAAGAUCAAGUUAUCCAUCUUAUCCAAUGUAACGACUGUGACAAGCUUACUGGGGACCAAAAUAAUGAUACGAAAGGCAGCUAAUGGCGAUAUAUUGAUCAAUGGUGCAGCUCAUGUCCUUACAGAUAUCCAGGCUACUAAUGGUGUCAUCUUUGUUGUGGAUCAGAUCGUACCGAUUACUGGACCUGUUCCCCCACCACCUUCAACAACGUCAAGACCCACUACAACACCAACAUCUUCUACAACACCAACAUCUUCUACAACACCUCCCCCCACAAAACGAACUUCAUCGUCUACACAACAGACAACGGUGACUAUUGAACCAACCACCAAUAACACCAAGCCUGGAGUGUUUGGGAAGCGUGCCAAGAGCCAUGAAGGAUUGUCCGGUGGAAAAGUUGCUGCAAUCGUCGUUACUUUGAUUUUGGUGAUAGCAGUUUUUGCUGGUGUCAUUUGGUACUUCAGGAAGAAAGUCUCCUUGCCAAGUCCGUCGUUUAGAUAUCGCAAGGAGAAUGAAACGGUGCAGUACGACAGCGAAGUGUUUCAAGAUAAUGCGCCUUCCUUCUCAUAUGAAAAUCCUAUGUAUGGCGACACAUCGGAACCUGGACCCAGGGAAAUUACGGUCCAUGAAGGGCCUGGACUACAAGCACCUUUCAGCGACCCAGAACACACGGAGUUCAGCAAUCUUAUUUACAUGGAAUUCAAAGAACCACCAAGCAAGGGAGAAUCUUCUGACAAUGUGUUGAAUCUAGUAGAAGACGGAGAUCUUCCUGCAGGAAAGGAACAAAAAUGUUAAUGCUCCACUCCUACAGCAAGAAAAUCUAUAAUCUUUUGACACCUGCACUUCCU